CCUGGCGAUUUUUCGAGUCCACGCUGAAUCGUGUGAAUCAUGACUGGAGUAAGAAGGAAGAAAACUCAGAGGAAAAAGCGUGUAAAUACAACAAAACCCGGACUUAAAAGGAAGAAAAGAGAGAAGAAGGUGAAAGUGUUAAAUCAAACAUUGCGUCAGAAUUGGGACCAAAAGAAAACACUGAAACAGAAUCUUCAGAAUCUUGGUUUGGCUUUUGAUGCUAAUGCUGCAGUUCCCAUUCCUAAAAGAAAAGUCAAGGGUCAUAACACUGAGGAAGUUGAAGAAAUGGAAGUAGAUAGAGAACCAACAGCAGUGGUUAAAGAGUUCGAAAAAAUGGCAGCAAAUGAGCUGAAAGGUGAGAGGCACAUUUCUCCAGGUGAAGCACAGUUUUUAUGGCAACUUAUUCAGGAUCACGGAAAUAAUUAUAAAGGUAUGGCCAGGGACAAGAGAAAUUGUUAUCAACAUACACCCAACCAACUGAGAAGGAAAUGUGAGGCAUUUUUAAGAUCAACCCAAGACUUCAGUGGAUAUCUGGAAACUGUUGGUUAAGAACAAUGUGGUUGAAAGUCAAAAAUGCUCAACGCAAGUGACAUGCUGACAAAUGGCCUGGAGGCCUGCAAUAUUAUUGCUGUUUGUAAAAUUAUUUUUCUUCUUUUUUUUUUUCUUUUCUUUUUUUACCUAAAGCGAAUAAAGUUCUUCAAGUGCAGAAGAGGAGAAAAUGAA